CAGAGAGAGAACCAAAAGAAUCUCAACCCUAGUAGGUCCCUGGCUAGGCGGGAAUGGAAAAGGAUGAUUAUUCUCCAGACUGAAAGGGAAUUCUGGAAAUCGAAAUUAUCGAAUCAUGAUCUGUAAGGUAUCACUUUCGGUAAUUUUCUGGAGCUAACUUUAUUCUUUGAUAUAUAGGAUAUAGAAAUUACUUUACCUUCGUUGGUGCUGCUGCGAAAGAGGGACCGACGAUGGGUGUUGAACCGGAAGAGAAGCGCUUGGCUGCGAAGAUCUUAGCGUCGUGCUUGAUCGGAGGCGUAUUGGUGGGAGUGUCACUGUAUGGGUUGUACUCAGGCGGAGUAUUGCCGCCGCAGAAUCUUUUGCCUCUGGAAGGAUGGAAGAGGAGGAGGAAAAAACCUAUUCGUGUCUACAUGGAUGGUUGUUUUGAUAUGAUGCAUUAUGGCCAUUGUAACGCCUUGCGUCAAGCUCGUGCCCUCGGUGACCAGUUGGUUGUUGGUGUUGUCAGCGACGCCGAAAUUAUCGCUAACAAAGGUCCUCCUGUGACUCCUCUGAAUGAGAGGUUAACUAUGGUUAAUGCUGUUAAAUGGGUUGACGAGGUUAUUACUGAGGCACCUUAUGCUAUAACUGAAGAAUUCAUGAAAAAGCUUUUUGAUGAAUACAAGAUAGAUUACAUUAUCCAUGGAGACGAUCCUUGUGUCCUGCCUGAUGGAACUGAUGCUUACGCCGUUGCAAAAAAGGCUGGUCGAUAUAAACAAAUAAAGCGCACGGAAGGAGUCUCAAGUACAGAUAUAGUUGGUCGAAUGCUUCUCUGCGUGAGAGAAAGGUCUGUUAGUGAUAGUCAUAAUCACUCUUCUUUACAAAGACAGUUCAGCCAUGGUCAUAGCCAUAAGGUGGAAGAUGGUGCAUCUGCGAGUGCAACUCGUAUAUCUCAUUUUCUUCCCACAUCUCGCAGAAUUGUCCAGUUCUCAAAUGGAAGGGGUCCAGGUCCUAAUGCUCGCAUCAUUUAUAUGGAUGGUGCUUUUGAUCUCUUCCACGCUGGACAUGUGGAGAUCUUGAGGCUUGCUCGGAAGCUUGGGGACUUUCUUCUUGUUGGAAUUCACACUGAUCAGACUGUCAGUGCAACUAGAGGAGCACAUCGUCCAAUCAUGAAUCUGCACGAGAGAAGUCUAAGCGUUUUAGCAUGCCGCUACGUGGAUGAGGUUAUAAUUGGAGCACCAUGGGAGAUUUCAAAGGAUAUGAUCACUACAUUUAACAUCUCAUUAGUCGUCCAUGGUACCGUAGCAGAAAAUAACGAUUUUCAGAAGGAAAAUAGCAAUCCAUAUGCUGUUCCCAUCAGCAUGGGCAUAUUCCAAAUCCUAGACAGUCCUCUAGAUAUCACAACAACUACAAUAAUUAGAAGGAUUGUAGCAAAUCAUGAGGCUUACCAGAAACGCAAUGAAAAGAAGGGAGAGAGUGAGAAGAGAUACUACGAGGAUAAGUCAUACGUGUCUGGUGACUGAUUUUAUGGAUCGUUCAUCUGCUGUGAAGGAUACAUGUUUUUGGUUUUUCUGUCUCUCUUUUCUCUCUUAACCAUAUAUUUAGGACUUCUUGCAGUUAGAUUACACUUAGUUGUCGCCCAAAUGAUUAUGUGGUCUUUACAAAUCAGAACCUUAGGGUUAUUUAAUUACUUUUGUUUUGGCUAUAAUGUUAUUCCUGUAUUGCUUGUUUUAGACUAUGAUGUGAUUAUUGUAUUACUGUAAGGGGAGAACAUGAUUAGGAAAUUUUGUUUAGGUACUUAUACUCUUUCUUUUUUUCGUGUUUCCUUUUUCCCACCUUGGAGGAACCAUAAUUGAUCUUUUUGGACUAACAAGGUUGGUGCUUGUGAAAA